GUUCAUUACCAUUGUGCUCCCAAAGAAAAAAAGAUUACUCUAUAGCCUUUUCGUAUACAUGUUAUAACAGUUUUCUUUCACCCACAUUGACUUUUGUAUCUUGAUUGCAGGUUCUUGCUGGCUCAGGUAGUUUGAAUUUAAGUACUGAGAUUUUAUUGCAUAGUAUCAAAGAAUAUCCAGGUCUUGCAUAAACUUGGCUCCUGGAAAUUGUGGCUUCUGCCUAUCGAUAAUUUUUGAGAUGAUUUUUUGAAACUUUUAUGCAUAUUUCUUCAUCUGGCUGAUGAAAUUGCUUUGUCUUUGAGUACUACAUGCAGUAUAAGGCUUUAGUGUUGAUUUGAUAUUACAUUAUCAUAACUUCAAAAAACUUUCAAGAAUUAGCAAAUUAUCUGUGUAAGAAAUAAUUGGAGAGUAAAUUUGGAACAAAGGAAAUAGUUUGGAACAAAUAAAUUAAAAUAUAAAAAGUGCAAACUAUAAUUCCAAAAUAAUAAUAAAAAUGUCUGCUUUAAAUUAAAAAUUGUUCCAAUUUUUUCCUUAGGGCUUUUUUAACUAUUAUUAAGAUUAUUCUGGGAAGUCAGUAUUUGUGUUGAAUCUUAAUUUUCGUUUUCAGGUAUUCAAAUUAGUUCUAGCACUGAACAAUACAAAGUUGGAAAUUGUAGUUUUGUUGUAGGCAUAUCUGGAAUGUUUAACAAAAGAAUUUGUACAGUGCAUGAACUAUAUCUCAUUCCGUCUUUGUAGGGAGAGCUGUUGAUAUCUAGGGCAAGUUCUGCACAUGGAGCAUACUUAUUUUCUUUACAAAUUUCAGCUAAUGUUGGAUCUUUCUUCAUCUGGUGAAUGAUCUUGGCUUACUGUACUCAUUGUCCAGUGUUGCUUUUGUGAACUCGGUAACAAGGCACCUGUUCUUGUUAUUCUUGUGUAUUUCUUGUAAAUGAAAUUGUAAUCCAUUGCACUUAAAAUCAAUAGUUAAGCAAGUAUAAAAUCACCGUGAUAUAAUAGCACUUUAAAUUGCACUACCAAUUUGUUCUUUUGUGUACUGUUUCUUGUGAAUAGUGGUCAGUUGCACAAAAGAAUUGUCAAUUUUAGAACUUCUGUAAUAGUGUCUUCUAAGGUAUUUGUUUCCUUGUAAUGUCAGAAUAAAUAAAACAAUUGAUUGCAUGAGCUAUGUAAUGAGAAAUAAAAUAAAAUAAUGUUAUUGAAGUUUCCAUCAUACUAAAUCACAAAUAGUAAAGCUUACAUUCAACAGGCAAUGCUAGUACUGAAUAUAAUUUAAACCUUGCCUUUGAAAUUAUAGUUAUUUAUGUCCUACUAGUUGUUUUUAGACCAAGUCAUAUUUCCUGCCCCGGUGGCACAGAUGGCGCAAAGUAAGGGCAUAUUGUGAGGUAGGCUGAGGAUAAUAUAUGUUUUGCUCAGUAAUUGUUAUUCUUGCGCUCAGCUUUUUACUAGAAAUUUGUUGACUUUAACCACCCUUUGAGUGGAAAACUUCUGUAUUUUGUCUUUUAAUUUGUGCUUGUCAUUCUCAAACAAUUAUCAUUCAGUAAUUUCAGAAAAAUAAGCUCUUAAAACUGAAAAUAAGCUUUCUAAACUAUUAACUAAUGCAUAUAACACAUACAUUCAUGUAAAUUGCUUGUACAUAGCUAUACUUGCAUUGCAUAAUCAGGAAUGGAAUCUGCCUUUGCUUGCGAUUAGUAGUAUUGUAGGUGACUUCCAGUUGCUAAUGAUUGUUUUAUGGGCAUGCACUCAAAGUGGAUUGUUCUGCUACGUUUAUUUAGUCACAUGUGCAACAUGCAUAUUCAUACGCACAACAUGAAGUAGAGUUGCUGCUGAAUGAGUACAAGGCGAGUAAACUAUGUUGCAGAUAUCAACACUUGUUACCCACAGAGAGAGGCCACUAUGCUCAGAGCGGAGCUUAAGGGCUGUGGCUCGUGUAGGCCAGGCAGUCAACUUGGCUGUGGAAAGAUUUGUCACAGUUGGAGAAACCAUUGCAGAUGACAAUCCUGAGAUCAAGACAGAUAUGUAUGAAGCAUGUAAAGAGGCUCGAGCAGCAGGAGCUGCAAUUGAAAAGCUAUGUGAGGCGGCUUUGGAAGAUUCGUUGGCUGAUAGAGGUGCAGUGGUGCGAGCAGCUCGAUGUUUGUUGGGCUCUGUUACCCGAGUGCUUCUCCUUGCUGAUAUUGUAGUGGUGAAGCAACUUUUGCUUGCUAAGGAUAAGGUGGCUCGAAGUCUUGGAAGACUAGAAAGUGUUACUAAUUUCACAGAAUUUGUGAAAGCAUUCAGUCAAUUUGGUGCUGAAAUGGUGGAAUUAGCUCACUUAACAGGUGAUAGGCAGAAUGACUUGAAGGAUGAGAGAAGACGUGCACAAAUGGCAGCUGCUCGGCAGGUUUUGGAACGUUCCACAAUGAUGCUGUUAACAUCAUCCAAGACUUGUCUUCGACAUCCUGAUUGCCCCUCUGCACGAGAAAACCGUGAUACAGUAUUCUGUCAGAUGCGACGAGCCAUGGACCUUAUUCACUAUGUGGUAAAAGAUGGAGUGUUAGAUUCGGCUGCACAAUUGAAUCAAAGUGGUGGUGGCUCACCAGUUAGCCAACAGACAUCAACUGAGGAAGACUGGGACGUGAGUCGAACUGUUUCUGGAGCCUUAAAACAUUUUGAAGACUUGGUAGAAAUGACUCGCCUUACACUUCUUGGUCCAGGAUGCAAAGAACGCCUUACAACUGCUUUGGAUACAAUAGCCGAAAGAACUCAGGAUUUUACCGACUCUGCAUAUACGAGCCAUGAACAUCGAGAAAAUAUACUCUUACUUUGUGAUCGAGCAAAAUUGGAACUUAAUCAACUUCUUAGAGUUGGAAUAAGCCUGGAACAAUGUGAAGGAAGUUCUCCAACAACAGAAAUGGAAAACGCGGUAUUAGGAUUAUUACAAGCAACUCAUGAUCUGAAACAGCAGCUGCAACAGACAACAUUAGAACAGGCUGGUGAUUUGGCAUCUGUUGUAAGGGCUGCUCAUGACAUGGUUGGAAUUAUUAGAAAUGUUGCAUUGGCAUCUGACACUGAGCGUUUGGAAGAAUAUUCGGAACGCUUUAAUGAAUAUAUUGAGCAUAUUUUAGAGGUAUGCAAAUUACUGAGGCAUAUUUCUUCAACUGACUCACUGCAAGUUUCAGCAAAAUAUACGGAGAUAAAUCUUAGAAUAUAUGGACCUCAGGUUGUGACAGCUGCUCAUACCCUUUCAAUGCAUCCUACUUCAAAGAUCGCUAAAGAGAAUCUGGAAGAUAUGUGGCAGGCAUUAGUGUCUGAUGUGACCACGGUAUCGAAAGAAGCUAUAGAACAAUGUCAGGGUCGGCAGCCUGAUAAACAAGUUUAUAUGUCUCUUCCAAGGCCUGGGAAACACGGAACAACAAGUAAACCUCUGAAACCAGUGCGGCUUGAUUCUGAAGAACAAGCUAAAAUUGCCAAGAGUGGUUUAGAAAUGAAGCUAAUCUCAUCAGAAAUGGAUGCAGAAACAGAGAAAUGGCAAGAAAGUGGAGCAUCGAUGGAAGAAAACAAUGAUAUUGUUAAAAGAGCAAAAAAUAUGUCUUCCAUGGCUUUUUCCAUGUACCAAUUUACUCGAGGAGAGGGAGCUCUGAAAACUACUCAGGACUUAUUCACUCAAGCAGAAUACUUUGCAGAAGAAGCUAAUCGUUUGUACAAAGUUGUGAGGCAAUUCUCAUAUCAGGUUCCUGGAGGCACCCACAAAAAGGAACUGUUGGAAAAUUUGGACAGAGUACCAACAUAUGUUCAACAAUUGCAAUUUACUGUUAAAAACCCCACUGUUGGCAAAGCUGCGACAUUUACCAAAGUGGACAGUGUGAUACAAGAAACAAAGAGCUUAAUGGAUGUAAUUUCAAAAGUUGUCACUACUUGUUUUGUGUGUGCUACAAAGUACAAUUUGGAUUUCCGUGGUCUAUCUUCCCGUGGCACAUCCGGGUCUCCAUUCCGAGAGGAAGAUGGGAGCGGGGCUGGAGCCGGGGGUGAUGGCGGCAAGCUGGGUGGGGCCCCAGGCUCUGACCCCUCCAUCUGACAGUUCGGGAUGGCCCGAAGGGCCAAGGGCGAUGCUCGCCGUACCAGGGUCUCGUUCCUGCUGUUCUGAAUGCUGAACAACCCUUGUGCGGCCCAAGGAAAUCAGACAGCUCACUCCAUCUUAUCUGAUCUGAUCAUCCUCUCUACUUAUUCAGACUGGACUGAUAAACAACGUGCAAUGGUACUUAGGAUAUUCUGUAUGAUAUUAAUUUGCUACGAAAUAUGCAUUUGGAAAUGAUUUUAAAAAUGCAUUGAAAAAUGAUGUCUUGGUGCUAAUAUGCUUGAAUGACUAUACACUGAUUAAAGAGCUUGCGUAGUGUGUUCAGCAUAAGUUAAACAUUGUGUGAGGUAUUGCUCAUAUAUUGCUAUGUAUGAAUCGGCUAGUAAAGAGUGGUACACUUAAAUAUUGAACUUCUACAUGUGUGUAUACAUAUGUACAUACACACCUGUUUAAACUUACACUCAUACUUUCUUGUGAGAAAUAUUCCAAUUGACAGAAAAUAACUGAAUGAUACACAGUAUAUAUCUUAAUUAAUUAUAUCGAAUGCUAACUUGUAGCCAUGUUUUCUUGAACAUGCAGUCUGAAUCAUGCCAGUAGGCAUGUGUUCAGAGGAGGAUUCACUGGGCAAUUAUGAUCAUGCAAUAAAACAAAAGUUGUUCUUAAUUGUCUUGUAUUGGACAGGAAUUAUUGCAUCAAAUUAUAUUUGUUAUGUGUCCUGUUGUUUGUAUUAAGCUAUGGCAUAAAAAGCUGUAGACUGUGGUGUUCUGAAAAUCUUACCUGCCUAGUUGUUGACAACUUCAUUUUCUUGUAAGUUGAUCUCGUGUUGCUCCCUAGUCAAUGCCAAAGUACAAGUAAUAAAACAUAUAGUAUUGUGUUUACAUGUACAGCUGCUGAAUGAAUCUUGGACACGAUGUACCAAAUGCAUUCAUGCAACUACGUUCAUGUUCCAGAUUUGAGGCUUCCUGAAAUAAUGUGCACAGAGAAAUACUUGUUGAAAUACUCAUAAGUUAUAUGUAACUUAGCAGGGUGUUCCUGUGUGGGUGUCAAGAGCUUUGCUACAUUCCACUAUUGCUGUAAUGGAGUGAAGAUACUGCACUUAUCCUGUACAUUGAGAGUAAUGUGCUGUAUUUGCAUAUCAGUACCCCAAGUGUCAACAUUACAGAUAAUAAUUGUAAGUGUAUGAAAUGCUAAACUAUUUAUUGUGCCUGCAAAUUAUGACAUUUUUCAUGUGAGGUAUCUGAUGUUUAGAAAUGUGAAAUAUUUAUUUCAAAUAUAGAUGAAAUAAAACAGUUUGAACUGCAUUGGUAAAAAAAAUUGACAUAUCAGCACGGGAUGUCAUCUGUAAUAUCGCACUGAAGUAUAGCACUGUUUUGCAGAAGGACAAAAAUUUCUGGUUAUUGAUAUCAACAUGUUUAGAAAUUUAUGUAAUUUGUUAUAAAAGUUCCCUGCAAAUCAACCUGAAGUAUUCAGUAAUUUCUUGUUCACUUCAUACAAAGUCAAUUUUAAUACAUGGACAUGUAGCAAAUAGCUAGUUACCAAAGCGGCAGUUCUUAUGAAAUACAAAGUUUUUUAAAGAAACCAAGGCUGUUUUGCCUACAUGUUAUACUACAACUGCCUUCAAAUUGCCUCGGUGUGGUUAUCAGAAUAGAAAAUCUGAAAUGUAGGUUAUUGUCUGAAUUGGCAAACCCUAAUAUAAUAUUAAACCAAGACUUCUUUUCUCGUCAACUACUGGUGUGUAUUAGAACCUUUGAAGUGCAAUUUAUAGAUGACGCCUGAAUAGAUAGUUUCUUUUUUAAAUUGAAAUAAAGGAAUCAAUAUAAAUAUUGUUAUUUCAAUUAUUUAAUGUGAGUGAAUGGAGACAGAUCAGUGCAUUCUAAACUACUGAAUAAUAUUUCAGUAUGCGAAUUAAAUGAUCAACAUUAAUAAUUGUUGUCGUCAUUUAUAUCGUAUGCUCAUAAAUACCUCAGGGUAGCUUUUGAUACAGCAAUAUCUCCAUUCCGUGUGUAAUUGUUGCUUUGUUGGUACUAUCAUGUCAUUACUAUUGUUCAAUAAAGUGAAGAUUACACUGUAGAAGGAAGUUUACUUCUCUUGUUUCUAACAAUAUAGUUGCAGGAACCCUAUCACAUAGUAGAUUUUGUAGAGUGUGAGCCAGUUCCUGUCGUGUUGUUAAAUUAAGUGUUAAGAAAAAUUUUGAAUGUUAAAACUGGAAGGCAUGAUGUGUUAAAUCUUAUAGGUUAUGAAGAACUUGUUUCUUAGGUCAUAUAAUCCAGAACAUCAUCUUAAAAUGUGAUAAUUAUUUUAGUGACUUUGUGUGUAUGUGAAUUUUGUUUUUCUUUUCUGUUUACUUCUUUAUAUUCUUUCCUUUUACUGUUUGUUUUGCGGUACACAUUGUAUAAUUUUGUUUUAAAAAAAUUAAAUGUUUGAUGUUUAAAUUGUAGAUUGUUAAAUUUUCUCCACUGUGGUUGUAGCAAUUCUUUGCUUCUAGUUCAGUCUGUUUUCUAUAAAACAUCUUUCAUGCAUGACUUGUUGAAUGUUGUGUAAUCUGGAAAUAUUGUGUGAAUAUAUUGAGGGAAAUUCAUGGUUAAAACUCUGUAUUGAUGAGAUGAGGGUCCAAAUUGACAUUGUAUACUUGCCAUGGAAAAUGGAGUAUGUUGUUUUGAAGUUUUGUGUGUAGUUUCACUAUUUUGUUUUGUAGAGGAUACAUUUUUUAUGGCCUGGUGAUGAAAACAGGCUACAGAUGAUAUUAGUCAGGGUAUAUAUGCAGAUAGUCAAAAUACAAUCUUUAUUAGCAUUUAUGGAAGAAUUUUAAGUAUACGUUUUUAACAUUUCAUUUUCUAUACUUGCUUAUGUUUCUCCUAGAUAAUCUAUACUUUAUCUUUAUCUUAUCUAUAUCUUUAUUACUAGUUUUUCUGUUUUGAUUUACGUGGUUCUUGAUAUAUUCCCUGUAAAAUGUGACCAGUACCUAUCCUUAGUGAACUUGGGAGCAACGUGACUGCUAUUUAAGCAAUAAUUUAGAAUAUGUGUUCUAUUGGAAUCAUUAUACAGUUUCCAAUAAAAUUACAGUUGUCGUUAUUUCCAUUUUACUUCAGUGGUUCCUUUCUUGUUUAAAUGUACACACCUUUUCUCUGCAACUUUUGUGAGUUAAAAGAAUUAUACCCUGGUAUGUACUUUUUUGUUAAUGCAUACAUUUUGUUUCAAAACAGAAUUAACCAGAAUAAUUAUUGUUGAAGAUGGUAAAUGGUAUAUUACCAUGUUACUAUAUUUUCUAAAAUUGCACGUUAAUUUGAUAUAAGUAAUAUUAGAAAAAGCAAUUUUGAUUCUAUAUACAUCCAUCUUAUAACCUACAAACUAAGUAUCUUCCUACAGGAAGUAAAAUGAGAUGUAAAAUAUUUGAACCUUUAUCUUGUUUGUUUUGAUAUUCAGAACUUACUGCAUAAAAAUGAAGUAUUUUUCUCUUUAAUGUCCAUGGAUGUAAAAUACUUGUAUGUCUUCAGUACCUAUGAUGCAGAGUUUGAAUUGAUAAGGCUGCUUUUCAUUUAAUGUAAGAAUUAUUUUAUUUACAGAACUGAAAGAUUGCUCAAGGUCAAACAGAAAGAAAAUAGGAGUUCACAAUUUUGGAAUAUUGUUUACAUUUAGUGUAGUAGGCAGAAACAUUAAAAGAAUGAUUGUUUUCUCCCAGCAUUUUAGCAAUUUUUAAUUUUUUGGAUUGCGACUUCAAUGUUUCUGUCAUAAAUAUACUAAAAGAAUUUUAUUAAUUUUAUCUCAAGGAUUCCAAAUCUCUUCUCAAUGUUUGCAAGGG